AUGCGAUCUGAUAGGAAAAGGGCAAUGAGGAUUAGAAGGUAUAACAAAAUAUCAAAUCAGACUCUUGAAGUCAAAUUUAAAGACAUUAAAUACAAAAAUGAAAUCAUAAUGCAAGAAAUUAUCAAACGGAGAUUAGAAUUAUCAGGCAAAGAUAGUAAUAAUGAAGAGAUAUAUGCAGAAAUAUUGUAUAACAGAUCAGCUGAUUAUAGAGAAACAAACCGUAUAUUGAGAGAAUCAGAGAAAAGAUUAGAGUUUUUACAACAGGACGGGGCAUCUAGACCACUAAGAUCUAUAUCUAUAUCAAAGAACAUAGUAAGAGGUACUGCCAUUCUGGCAGCAAUGCCUAAUGCUACUUAUCAAUGUGACCAGAUGCUGUAUCUAAAGAGCAAUGGAAGGAUAUGCUAUAAUGCACAUUGUUAUGACUUAUCUACAUACUCUCUGAUGUUAUCAGAAGGACAAACUGCUUGUUUUAAUGACCUAGACAACAAUAGACUUUCUAUUAAAUUUGAGAACAUGUACAAUAUUGGAAGGUACAGCAAACUAUACGACACAAGUAGUUAUAACAUAACUAACACUAUGACAUGGAAUUGUUAUGGGUCAGGAAAAUGCUGGUAUGGUAGUGAAUGUGGAAAUGGAUAUAAACUAAACACUCUAGAAAAAAACAGCACAAACCCAAAUGGCUAUGGAUGCCACAUGUCAUCUGUAUCUUGUAAUGGUUUAUGUACUCAUGGAGUGUCAUGUGUCUGGUAUAGGUGGGAAGUUUUGCCUAACAUGAAUAAUAUUGCAAAAGUAUAUCACUCAGUGUCAGAAUUAUGGGAAAGUACACUUGUUAUAAUUUAUAAAAACAUUUCUAGAACAGUAGUAUUCAAUACUAACAACCCUACAUUUGAUCUGCAUGAUAUACUGAACUAUGAAAUGUCUCAUAUGCCAGUUAAUAUUCAUAGUGUAACUUAUGAAAAGCCAUUAAACAAACAUGCUAUUGUAGAAUAUAAGAAUAAUUAUUAUAAUUUGGAUGUGAGUCCACACAACUUGCCAAUUGCCAAUAUGAUUGGAGACAUACAAAUAUCUGAUGACAAGAAAGUCAUAUUUCACACAGAUAACAUUGUAGUAUUGAUAGCUGUGUAG